CGAACUGCUAGUUUGACGGGCCACUUGUCCACCGUUCAAAUGCUGCUUCAACGGGGAGCCAACGUCAAUGCAUGUGGCCCAUUCGGUGACGCACUUCAAGCCGCAGCCACUAGAGGGCAUUUGCAGAUUGUGGAUAUCCUGAUUCAAAACCAAGCCAACGUCAACAAUUCAGGGGGGUUUUACGGAACCGCUUUGCAGGCUGCCGCAUACAGAGGCCAUCGGGAUGUGGCAGAAGCUCUGCUC